AUGGCGCCCUAUGAGGCACUAUAUGGCAGGAAAUAUAGAUCCCCUCUGUGUUGGACAGAAGCUGAAGAGGCGAGAGUACAUGAAUUAGAUUUGGUACAGUAUACUUCAGAAAUGAGAGUACAGGCAAAAGAGUUAUGCAGAUCCGAGGCGAAGGAGGUAGAAUUUGCAGUAGAUGACUUUGUGUUUUUAAAGGUCUCUCCUACGAAAGGGGUUAUAACGUUUGGGAAGAAGGGCAAAUUGGCACCUCGUUAUAUAGGACCUUUUGAGAUCACGAAUAGAGUGGGAGCAGUUGCCUACCAGUUACAGUUACCAUCAAGCCUUUCUCAUGUCCACCCAGUGUUCCACAUUUCCAUUUUUAGGAAGUGUGUUCCUGAUCCUUCUCAGGUACUGCAACCGGAUACAGUAGAAUUAAAUGAGGACUUAACCUUCAAGGAGCAGCUAGUAGCCAUAAUAGACUAUCAGAUGAGGCAGCUUCAGUCAAAGUAG